UCCUGCGCAUCAAUGGAGACGUUCAUGUAGCCUAAGUGUAUGGGAUGGUGGCUGUAGAGUGCCAAAUGGGACCUGCGCUUCACCAGGUGUGUUUGGGAAUUAGCCGGGACUCGCGCAUCUGCUCCACCUAGCACCCAUGAACUUUUCGGUCCUUCGCGCGCCGCUGCACCCUCCUCCACACGGACAAUGAAGACGAGUCGCAAAUGCAGGAGCCUUCUGUCGGUUACCUUGAACUUCUUCGCCCUGCUCUUCUCCAUAACCGCGUUUAUAACCACUUACUGGUGCGUGGGGACCCAGAGAGUCCCCAAACCCAAGUGCAGCAAGCUGCGGACGCACCAGUGUAUAGACUACGGAGUCAACGAGACGGACCCGAACAAGGUGGUGUACAGCUGGGAGACCGGGGACGACAGGUUCCUGUUCCGACAGUUCCACACCGGCAUCUGGUUCUCCUGUGAGGAGAAUAUCCACGAUGAAAGUGAGAUGUGCAGAAGCUUCAUCGACUUGGCCCCUGCGUCAGAGAAAGGGAUGCUGUGGCUGUCGCUGGUGUCUGAGAUGUUGUACAUUGUCCUGCUGGUGGUGGGCUUCAGCCUCAUGUGUUUGGACCUGGUCCACUCCAGUAACGUCAUCGAUGGACUCAAGCUCAAUGCCUUUGCUGCUGUCUUCACUGUGCUCUCAGGUCUUCUUGGCAUGGUGGCUCAUGUGAUGUACACACAGGUCUUCCAGGUCACCGUCAGCCUCGGCCCACCUGAUUGGAGGCCCUACAACUGGGACUAUGGCUGGUCCUUCUGCAUGGCCUGGGCAUCCUUCACCUGCUGCAUGGGCGCAUCCGUCACCACCCUCAACUCCUACACAAAGACCGUCAUCGAGUUCAGGCACAAACGCAAGACCUUCGAGCAAAGCAUCCGCGAGGAGCAUGCGCGGGACGCUUUCGGAUAUUUCCGGGAACACUCCCUGCACUCCAUCUCCAAGUCUGUGGAGGUUUAUCCCAGCCAGACCCUGAAAAGUGGCAGGAAAACUCCCAUACCUGCGGACUCUCUGGACCUGAGUGACAUUGCAACAUCUUUGGGGGAAGAGCAGUGCUGAGAGGGACAGGACAGCAGGUGGUGACAUUCCUCUGAGUGUGACAAGCGCUGUUGUCCAUAUGUGGUCGGGAUGGACAACCGGACAGGACUUCAGGCUGCAUCAUCAGCUCCACCUGAUUCAUUUUAACACUGCCUUAAUUGUGGGGUUGUUGUUGAAGUUGAUAGUCACAGAGCUUCAAGUCACACAGGAGCGUCAAACCAGCUGAUAACUGGGAAAAGUGGACAUGAACUACUCUCAUGGAUGACGGUGUUUUCUCUCUCAUGUAACCUGCCGCAGUGUAGAUUUAAAAAUGUGAAGUAAACCCAUAUCAGUAGAGCGAGGGUCUCUCAGAUGCUAAUAGCCUUAUUAAACAUGCUUCAGUCAAUCAAUAAAUCAAUGCAAAGACAGGGUGACAGGCGGUCACUGGUUAACUGGUUUUCAUUCAUUGUGCAACAAAGCCACAAACACUUACUGCAAAUGACGUGCCUACAUAUAUAAACUGUAAAUAGGUCGUGGGGUGUAAGUGUGCAGUAUUUUUGUACACAGAGUGGCUGUGCAAAGUUGUGCAUCUUUUCUGUUUUUCCCAAUCAGUCACUUUUAUUGUCUCGCGAAGCCCAAACGAGCAUUUGCAACACGCUUUUCAUCAUAUCAGGAAAAAUUUAUAGAGCACUUGUAAUCUCACAAUGAUCAACAGUCAAUUUUGAGCGCAGUAUGUAAUUUUAAUUUGAUGUUUCUGCUUUGACGGGAGGGAAAUAAAAUACAAAGCUGUGAAAAUGUCUUUUUUCAGAG